AUGUUCGCCAAGACCACCGCUGUUUUCACCGCGUUCACCGCGCUCGCAAUCCUUGCCGUCGCCAGCCCGACGCCCCAGGCCGGCUCCUGCUCGACCGGCGCACUCCAGUGCUGCAAUUCCGUCCAGUCGGCCGACAGCCUGGGUAUCGCGCCGAUCCUGGCCGCUAUCGGUGUCAUCCUCCAGGACAUCAACAUCCCGAUCGGCGUCACCUGCUCCCCCAUCAGCGUCGUCGGCGUGGGAAGCGGCAACGCCUGCUCCUCCAACGCUGUGUGCUGCGAGAACAACAGCUUCGGUGGUCUCCUUUCCAUCGGCUGCCUCCCUGCCAUUCUCUGA